ACCCGCACAUUCCCCGGCUCCUCCUGCCCGGACGGCCGGCCUGGCGCCCCCGCCACUCCCCCUCCAGCUCUGGCCGCCGCCGGGGCGGCGUGCUGGGUGCCCGGGAGGGGCCCCGAGGGGGCCGGCCCCGCCCGCGGGCGGGAGGAGGGAGCGGGAGGAGGGCGCGCGCCCACACCCCGCCCCCGCCCCGGAGCCAGCCCGAGGAGCCCGCAGCCAGGGCGGCGCAGACCGGCCCAGCGACUCGCCCCAGCUGCGCGCCGGGACGCGCUGCCGCCACCGCCACCGCCUUCGCUGCCACCGCGUCCGCUCCCACCCGCAGCCCCGGGGCGCGGAGAGAAGGUCUCCAGCUGGACGGGAGAGGGGCUGUCCACUAGGCGUGCCUACCCGGUCCUUGGACAGAACAUCGACGGCUGAUUCCACGGGGCCAGGAGCCAGGCCGCAGGGAGAGACCGGCCAUGGGCCCCCCGCAGCCUCAGCAUUUGGGAGCAGCACCUUAGGAAAACAGGAGCAGCCUCCGUCCACCCUUGACACCGAGAAGAAGGGACCUGCCACGGACCCACCGCCUAUCCCGGGCCCCAGCUGGGCAUGGACCAGCACCUGUGACCUGCCAGAGCUGAUGCCGGGCCCCCAGGGGGCCAGAGGAGCCCCCACCAUGAGCCUGGGCAAGCUCUCACCCGUCGGCUGGGUGUCCAGCUCGCACGGGAAGAGGCGGCUGACUGCAGACAUGAUCAGCCCCCCGCUCGGGGACUUCCGGCACACCAUGCACGUAGGCCGAGGCGGGGACGUCUUUGGCGACACCUCCUUCCUCAGCAACCACGGGGGCAGCUCCGGGGGCACCCACCGUUCGCCCCGCAGCUUCCUGGCCAAGAAGCUGCAGCAGGUGCGCAGGGUGGGGGCCCUGCCCCGGCGGAUAGCGUCCCCGCCGUCGGCCUCGCCUGCUCCGCCCGCCGUCUCCCCCAUCAUCAAGAACGCCAUCUCCCUGCCCCAGCUCAACCAGGCCGCCUACGACAGCCUCGACAGCCUCGUGGUGAGCAAGCUCAGCUUCAACAGCAGCCCCGCCGGCGCCGCGGACGGCCACUCCAGUUAUGGUCUGGACUCUGGGUUCUGCACUAUCUCCCGCGUGGCUCGCCCGGAAAAGCCUCGUGACCGAGACCAUGACAGUGCCUUCCCCUCCGAACCUGAGCUUCGCCGCUCUGACUCCCUCCAGUCCUUCCGCCUGGACCUCGACCUGGGGCCGUCUCUCCUCAGUGAGCUGCUGGGGGUCAUGAGCCUCUCAGAAGGCUCUGCAGCUGAGACUCCAGCCCCAGCCCCUGCCGCAAGCCCCCCAGCCCCUGCCUCAAGCCCCCCAGCCCCUGCCUCAAGCCUCCCAGCCCCUGCCGCAAGCCCUCCACCCCGUGGACGCUGCCCCAAUGGGGUAACUGCUGGGUUUGGCCCAGUGGCUGAGGCGCGGGCCAGCCCCGUGGGUGAGUGUCCCCGGGCACCUGCUGACAUGGCCCCUGGCAGGCACUGGGGAGCCGGCUGGAGUGGCAGCCGGGGCAGCCGCCACUACACUGAGAUGGAUGCUCGGCGGGAGCUGGUGAAGGUGCUGCCCCAGGGGCGGGCCUCUUGGGAGAGCCUGGAUGAAGAGUGGGGGGCACCCCAGGCAGGCAGCCGGGCCCCUGUGCCCAGCACGGUGCAAGCCAACACCUUCGAGUUCGCCGACGCUGAGGAGGACGAUGAGGUCAAGGUGUGAGCAGCUGAGCGUGGGCUCAGGACCCCGCCCAGCCUCCGGCCACUCACUGCCCUGAAGAGCCCAGGUGCAGAGCUCGCCCUCACCUGACACCUGGGUCCUGCUGAUGAGGGAUGGAGAACCCACACUGCCCCCAAACCCUCCACGCCUCUGCUGGACAGACAUGGGAGCGAGGCCAGGCUGGUGCUGGGACCUGGGUGUUCCCGAGGACCCUGCCCGGCUGACCUGCUUCCCCCCACUGCCGCUCUGGACCCCGGGGCCCUGCCUCCGGCCCCGCCCCCACCGGCUGGAGGGCCGGCCUCACAGAGCCGCCUUUGUGUGGGGAAGCUGUCCUUGCUGGUGGGGGGUAGGGAGCAUACCACACAGGGCCUCUGUCUCCUCCCAAAGGGGCCGCCUGCCCACUCAUCCUGGAGCUUCCCCAACGUGCCCACCCCAAGCACCCCUUGUCCCAGAAGCCUCGAGGUGAAAUCAGGUGUGACCCCACCUUCUUGUGCACCCCAGACCUGCCUCCGGGUUCCGAUUAAAAAGGCUUUUUGAGA